GUAACUAGUCCAGCCGUGCCAGGCCACUCCUCCCCACGCUGUUGUUCACUGAGCAGCGGGUGAAGGAAACAUUUCUCACCACAUUUCAGUUUCGUGUUGGUCAUUGGUCGUAUUUUCAUGUUGGAUGAUAAGUCAACAAGCAACACCAUUAGGCUCAAGUGUCGCCUUGCGUGGUGUGGCUGUAGGCAGGGGAGCACCACCAGUAGCAACACAAGUAACCACCACAUACAGGAGGAUCCGGCCCCUGCCACCACACCCACCACAGCCGCCACAGUCACUGCCACAGCCAUGAACGGGUCCCUGGGUGAGCGUGUGGCAGUGUUGGAUGCCGGGGCGCAGUACGGAAAAGUGAUUGAUCGACGUAUCAGGGAGUUGAAUGUUGAGAGUGAUAUUCUGCCCCUUGACACUCCCGCGUACACACUGAAGGAGAAGGGAUACAGAGCCAUCAUCAUCUCUGGGGGCCCUAACUCUGUCUACGCUGAGGAUGCACCGCGUUACGACUCUGACAUAUUUAAGAUUAAUGUUCCUGUGCUGGGCAUCUGUUAUGGCAUGCAGCUGAUCAACAAGGAGUUCGGGGGCACGGUGCUGCGAAAGGCGGCCCGGGAGGAUGGCCAGUACACCAUUGAGGUUGACAACUACUGCCACAUCUUCAAGUACAUGGGGGUGAAACAGGAGGUGCUUCUGACACAUGGAGACAGUAUAGACAAGGUCGCUGAGGGGUUCAAGGUCGUGGCCACUUCGGGGAACCUCAUAGCAGCGAUUGCCAACGACAAACUGCGGCUUUACGGGCUCCAGUUCCAUCCAGAGGUGGACUUAACAGAGCAGGGGCUUACGAUGAUGAAGAAUUUUCUGUACGAGAUAAGUGGCCUCUCAGGAACCUACACACUUCAGAGUCGCGAGCUGCAGUGCGUUAAUUACAUAAAGGAACACGUUGGUAAUAAUAAGGUCCUGAUGCUUGUAAGUGGAGGGGUGGACUCAACAGUAUGCGCGGCCCUGCUCCACAAGGCACUGUCGGAGGAGCAGGUGAUAGCUGUGCACAUAGACAAUGGAUUCAUGCGGAAAAAUGAGUCCUUACAGGUGGAACAGUCGCUGAGGAGGCUGGGGCUGAAACUCAAAAUGAUCAACGCGAGACACCAGUUCUACGAUGGGGUCACAAGCAUCCCCGUUGACCCAAGCGACCCCAUGGGCAGGAAACGGGUCACGAACCUCCUCUGUAUGACCUUCAGCCCAGAGGAGAAGAGAAAGAUUAUUGGCGACACAUUCAUUAAGGUAGCGAACGAGGUCAUAGCAGAGAUGAACCUACGCGCCGAGGAGGUCAUGCUGGGUCAGGGUACGCUGCGACCUGACCUCAUAGAGUCCGCCUCCUCGCUGGUGUCAGGAGCGGCCCAGACCAUCAAGACACACCACAACGACACAGACCUCGUUAGGCUCCUCAGGGUUCAAGGUCGCGUGGUGGAGCCCCUCAGGGACUUCCAUAAAGACGAGGUACGGCAGAUUGGCAGGGACCUCGGGCUUCUGGAUGAGUUUGUGCAGCGUCACCCGUUCCCCGGCCCUGGUCUAGCCAUCCGGGUGCUGUGUGCCGACGAGCCUUUCAUGGAACGAGAUUUUUCCGAGACGCAGGUUAUUCUCAAGGUGGUGGUGGACUAUGCAGCCAGUGUGCAGAAGAAACACGGGCUGCUCAUCCGUAUCGACAACUGCACUUCAGAGGAGGAGAGGCAGGAACUUCAACGCAUCUCUCUCACGCAGACCCUCACCGCCACACUACUGCCUAUUAAGUCUGUCGGCGUGCAGGGUGACUGCCGGACUUACAGUUACGUGGCUGUGCUUUCCAGUGACGCCGAACCUGUCUGGGGUGACCUGCUGAUCCUAGCAAGGCUUAUACCCAAGUUAUGUCACAAUAUUAAUAGGGUUUGCUUUGCUUUCGGAGGCACGGUGAAGGAGCAAGUGCAGGACAUUACUCAGACGAACCUCACUCCAGGGGUCCUUGCUACCCUCCGACAGGCUGACUUCCUCGCCAACCAGGUGCUGGCCGAGUCAAGCUUUAUGGAGAAGAUAGCCCAGAUGCCUGUGGUCUUGGUCCCUGUGCACUUCGACAGGGACCACGUGGCGCGGCUGCCGUCCUGUCAGCGGGCCGUGGUGCUGCGUCCCUUCAUCACCCACGACUUUAUGACAGGCAUUCCCGCCCUGCCUGGCAAGCACAUCCCUGUUGAGCUGAUCAACAAGAUGGUGGCUGAGAUAUUAUCAGUCCCUGGUGUGUGUCGGGUGCUGUACGACCUGACGUCCAAGCCCCCAGGCACUACUGAGUGGGAGUGACCUUUCUGGGGUCGGGGCGGGGGAGGAACACCAGGACUCCAGGACACCCCGAGCUAUACUGAAGAUCAAAUUUGCAGCUCAGGUGUGUGUGUCUGCGUGUCCGGUUCACCCACACCUGUGCUGGCUGCUCGCUAGGGUGGCGGGCGUGUACAGUGUGUGUGUGCGUUCGUGCAUGUGUUGAUUGGUGUGGGGGUCAGUUCGUCACCCCUUCUUUUGCUGGGAGGUGUGGGAGUGUUAGUCUUGCCUCUGGGACUGUUGACACACACACACACACACACACACACACACACACACACACACACACACACACACACACACACACACACACACACACACACACACACUUGAUUCAGACACAGACACUCUUAAAAACAUACACACACAAACACAUACAUAUACACUGAUAAACAUCACACACACACACACACACACACACACACACACACACACACACACACACACACACACACACACACACACACACACACACACACACACACACACACACACAGUCAAGUUACCUUUGUGGUUUGCUAAAUAUUUUCUUCCUCAUCUUCAUUAAACACUCAUUCUUGAUACAGGGCAACACACACACACACACACACACACACACACACACACACACACACACACACACACACACACACACACACACACACACACACACACACACACACACACACACACACACACACACACACACACACACAC